CCUCUUGUCUGUUUCCGCCUCCAUUUUGUCACUUGUGUGUGUGUGUGUGUGUGUGUUUUGUGUCUCAGCUAAAGCCAGUGAGGAGGAAUAACACACACACACACAGAAACUCUUCAGCUGGUUCAUUUUUACACAGAUCACCAGAAAUGGACGGAAUUGGUGAUGUCGCAGUUGGUGUAAAGAGAGGAUCAGAUGAGCUGCUGGCCGGCAGCAUGUAUAACAGCCCCAGUUCUGGGCUGAGCAGUAUAAGCGAUGCGACAUCCAACGGUAGUGACAGCAAAAAACUUCGAGUUGAAGACAGAGUCGGCGAUGCCCAACUAUCCCGUGUUCUUCACAUUAGAAAGUUACCUAACGAUGUCUCGGAAACAGAGAUCAUUGCCCUGGGGCUUCCUUUCGGAAAGGUCACCAAUAUCCUCACACUGAAAGGCAAAAACCAGGCGUUUCUGGAGCUAAGCACAGAGGAAGCUGCCAUGACAAUGGUCAAUUAUUACUCAGCUGUGACACCUCACAUCCGUAGUGUGCCAGUCUACAUACAGUACUCAAAUCACAAAGAACUGAAGACCGACAAUUCAAACCAGUCAGGUGGGACUCUCACAUCAGGGUCUAACUCUAGCGAUGGUGGUGGUAUGGCCUCCAGUCCAGUGCUGAGGAUAAUCAUUGAUAACAUGUUUUACCCCGUCACCCUUGAUGUGCUGCAGCAGAUCUUCUCAAAGUUUGGCACCGUCAUGAAAAUCAUCACAUUCACCAAGAACAAUCAGUUUCAGGCCCUGUUGCAGUACAGCGAUCCAACCAAUGCGCAGCAAGCUAAAGUGGCUCUAGAUGGUCAGAACAUAUACAACGCCUGCUGCACCCUUCGAAUAGACUACUCUAAACUCGUCAACCUGAAUGUAAAAUAUAAUAACGAUAAGAGCAGGGACUACACAAGGCCGGAGCUUCCUGCUGGGGAUGGGCAGCCCGCUCUGGAUCCCACUGUGAUUUCUGCCCUGGGUAAAGAUUCCACUUCCCUGCUCGGUAAGAUCCCAGGUGCUCUGAGCCCAUUGAGCGCGGCUGCUGCCGCCGCUGCUGCAGCUGGAAGAGUUGCUCUGUCCGGGCACUCGGGGGCUAGCGGAGUGCUGCUCGUUAGCAAUCUAAACGAAGAGAUGGUUACGCCCCACAGUCUGUUUACCCUCUUCGGGGUUUAUGGGGACGUGCAGCGUGUGAAGAUUCUUUUUAAUAAGAAAGACAGCGCACUGAUACAGAUGGCCGAUAUGAACCAGGCUCAGCUUGCGAUGAGCCAUCUAAAUGGUCAGAAGAUGUAUUCAAAGAUCAUUCGCAUUACGAUGUCGAAGCACCAAACCGUUCAGUUACCGAGGGACGGUUUAGAUGACCAGGGUCUCACGAAAGACUUUACAAACUCACCUCUGCAUCGUUUCAAAAAGCCCGGCUCCAAGAACUUCCAGAACAUUUUCCCUCCUUCUGCCACGCUGCAUCUGUCAAACAUCCCGCAAGACAUAACUGAAGAAGACCUCCGAGUCCUGUUCUCCAACUCCGGUGGCACUGUGAAAGCUUUUAAGUUUUUCCAAGAUCAUAAAAUGGCUCUAAUUCAGAUGACAACCAUCGAGGAAGCUAUUCAAUGCCUCAUCGACCUCCACAAUUACAGCAUGGGUAAUAACCACCACCUGAAGGUCUCCUUCUCCAAAUCAACCAUCUAAAGCAACCCGAGAGGUCUUGCUCCCAACUGCUUUUCUAGCGUUACCUGUUGACUGUUUAAAUGCACUGGGGACCACAAUUUCAAGAGUUUCUUUUCCCAAGUUUCAUUCCACAAGAAGCUAUUGAAAGAAGGAAAUAUUGUGACUGUUUUCAAGGUCAUUUUUUACCCCGUUUCCCUGUUGUCAGCGCUCUGACACUUAACCUCUUCAGUGGCGGAAAGGUGUUGUGGUGUCUGCACCUCUUAUAAUAAACCAAAAAGAACGUGCCUUACAAAACCUAAAUUAAUCUUUUCAUACUUCAUAUUCUCAAACCCAAGCAGUCCUCUGAGUGUGAUAUUAGUAAGUUUGGUCAAGACAAAAACAUUUUUUUCCUUUUGCGUCUGAUCCGUAUAAUGUUUGAUGAAAGCCUCUUGGAUGUUUUUUUUUGUUGUUGUUUUUUUCAGUUCCUAAUGUCUGUGACAUUUCAAUUUAAGAAUUGUAAAUAAACCUGUGAUUCCAGUGAUGGUCAUUAUGAGAUGUUAGGCCAAUUCUCAGCCCAUCAAUCCAGUAAAACCUUAUGUUAUUUGAAGGGAAACGAGAAAGAAACCUUUUUAUUUGACAUUUUGCUCAAUUUACACCAUUUGAUCUUAGCUUUUCUUUUAUCUAUGUGCGUUGUCUUUAUCCUAAGUGGAAGGUUAUGCUUUUUUUCUGCAUGUACCAACUGGUGCAUCUUUAUUCCUAGUGUUGCAUGGAUUGGAAAUCACUUCUUUGUGUGAUUUGGAAAGACAACUACAGUGGAAGGGACCAAAGUUUAUGUGCCUAUAGUCUUCAUUUACUCCAAGAUUGAGCAUUUUAGUUUGCUUUUCAGAAGAGAGAAGACUCAAAGAAAGUCUUAUGAGAAGAGUUGGGAAAAUUAAUAACAUUGAUAGGCAAUCUACACUAUGACUUAUUAGAGGGACAAAAAGAUCUUGUCUAUUUUGUUUUAUUUUGUAUUUUUUUAAACUUCUGUAGGAAUGUAUGAUUCGGCAUAGUUUUGGAUGUGGCACAAUUAAAAGACUUUUUCUAACAAAAGCGGGACGAUUUGACUUGGUUGUGUGUUGAUUUCUCUUUCUCUUUCCUGUUUUCUGCUUUUAUCUGUAGCAUGCUCAAUAAACACUUGUGUAGUUCAG